ACUCCAUGAUUCCCACUCAGCUGUUACUGUAAAUCGCCCCCACUUCCCACAUGGUGCUAGCUAGCCAUUCACAAAUCUGCGCUGGGAGACGGAGAUUGGGAGAAUCAAUCGCUGCCAUGACUCGGACUGAUCACCUCGUCUGUCACUUGUGAACAACUUGUUGCGCAGCUGCUAUUUCCCACCUCCUCUGGGGUCCAUCGCUGCAGCCAGACGGUCUCUGCUGCUCUACAGCGAACGCUGUAGCUGCAGAUCCGCGUCUCAGCGCCGGGAGGUGUUUUCUGUCUCUUAGGAAGGACAGCUGGAUGACUUUCUGUCAGCGAACAACUUUAUUUAUUGGGCCUAAAGAGAUGCAACCAAACGCAGUGGCCUUGUGGGAUCCCCUUUACCUUGGGUCUUUCAUGAGGUCCUAGACGUUUGAAUUCAACGAACCUCAUUAAUAUGAGAAGAGGCACAGGGGAUGCGAGUCAUGAGCUGGACGCGUCCUUGCCACGGACUGGACUGGAACCACAGCCUCUUCUAUCUGACUUUACUUCUGUGGACCAGACGCAUAAACGGACUGGCUGACUUUUCAAACUACCUGUCAAGGAUAAUCACUAGCCACACUGCUCACGCCUGCGACGGAACGCCCCUGAGACUCUACUGUCCUCGUCACUCCACCAUCUCCAUCCAGUCGGCCUUCUACGGGAGCGGUGAGGUCCGGCUGUGCACGGAGGACCCCCCACCCGGACCCCACAACCACAGCUGCUCAGCUUUAACCACUCUACAGGUGCACUUUCAUAAGCUCCUAGCUGAGUGUCAAAACCACAGAGACUGCCAGCUACCGGUCAAUCACCUGCUGUUUGGAAAGGACCCAUGUCCUGGCAAGACCAAGUACCUCCAUGUUGAUUACAAGUGCAAACCCUCUGAACACAAAACACAAGUGGUGUGCGAUGGAGAAAGCAUGAUCUUGCGCUGUAAGACCCCCAAGGUGCUGAUCAUCUAUGCAGCUGUCUAUGGCCGAGGUCUGGGUCAGACUGACACCUGCCCCUCACUCCAGACGAGACCACCCCCAUUCGAGUGUCUGAACCAUGAGGCUGUGCAGGUGGUGUCCAAAUCCUGCUACAGCAAACAGAACUGCGUUGUUGCUGUCAGCAACCAGACCUUUAGGGACCCCUGCUUUCCAGGAACCAGGAAGUACCUCAGCUUGCUUUAUUCUUGUGUGCCGAAGUCUUUACUGAGAGAGGCAGACCCAAACAUACUGAGUCCCACCUCACUUCCUGCCACAGAAAAAGCUCCUGGUACAGAUCUGGAGUCAAGUAGGCCAGACAGUUCAGGAGCAAUAAUGAGCAACUCCCUACUGACCUACGCCUUCAUCAAAGAACACCCAGAAAUGACAGCGCUGCUCUUCACCUCCAGUGUGUGCAUGGGCCUCCUCUUCACGCUGUUGGCACUAUCUGUCAGAGUGACCUGCAGGGGGCAGCGGCUAAGAGAUCACAGACUGGCAGCCAAGUCAAACGGCCUGACUCCUAACUGUUCCAAGCAGGAAGAUGAGGAGGACGAAGCUGAAGAUGACGAAGAUGACGACGAGGGAACGGAGAGCUCUUUGCUCUCGACUGCAGAGAGGAAGGGGAUACAGGGCUGGGAGGAAGUGACUUAUGUGAGCGAGGCGGCCGAGCUGGCAGAGAGGAUUGAGCGGAGAGACAUGAUCAUCCAGGAGAUUUGGAUGAACUCAUAUCUGAACGGCAGCUCCUGCUGAAUAAAUCCCAUCCCAAGAAACAUUUUAUCCCACACAAAGAAAAAAAAUAUAUAUUUAAUUAGCCAUAUUUGCAAUACAAUAUUCUAAUAUUCUGCAACAGAGGGAUCUGCAAGGUAUAUGCUGCAACGCUUGAUAAUUGCUGUAUAUAUAUUCUCUUAUCAGCAAAAAAGCUGAGAUUUUUUUUACUGUUACAUAAAAGCACUAUCCUCAUCACUUAUGAGGAUUUUAAAGCUC